AUUUGUAGUACGCAGCCGCAGCGGAAAAAGUGACAAUGGUCCUGAUCAAGGAAUACCGUGUGGUCUUACCCUGUACUGUGGAGGAGUAUCAAGUGGGCCAGUUGUACUCCGUAGCAGUGGCCAGUAAGAAUGAGACGGGUGGAGGAGAGGGCAUUGAGGUCCUCAAGAAUGAACCCUAUGAGAAGGAUGGCGAGAAAGGACAGUACACACACAAAAUCUACCAUCUGAAGAGUAAAGUCCCUGCGUUUGUCAAGAUGAUUGCUCCUGAGGGCUCUCUGGUCUUCCAUGAAAAGGCCUGGAACGCUUACCCUUAUUGCCGAACCAUUGUAACGAAUGAGUAUAUGAAAGAUGACUUCAUCAUUAAGAUUGAGACAUGGCACAAACCUGACCUUGGCACAUUAGAAAACGUGCACAAGCUGGAUGCGCCCACAUGGAAGAGUGUGGAGGUGGUGCCCAUUGACAUUGCAGAUGGAGAACAAGUGGCCCCUGCUGACUACAAGGCAGAGGAGGAUCCUGCUCUGUUCAAGUCAGCUAAGACUGGUAGAGGGCCCCUGGGACCUAAUUGGAAGAAGGAGCUGGUUAGUAAGGCUGACUGCCCGAGGAUGUGUGCCUACAAACUGGUCACGGUCAAGUUCAAGUGGUGGGGCCUGCAGAACAAGGUGGAGAGCUUUAUUCACAAGCAAGAGAAGCGUAUCUUCACUAACUUCCAUCGCCAGCUGUUCUGUUGGAUCGACAAGUGGGUGGAGCUGACUAUGGAAGACAUCAGGCGGAUGGAGGCGGAGACACAAAAGGAGCUGGAGGAGAUGCGUAGAAAGGGCUCUGUGCGAGGCACGAAGGCUUCAGACGAGUAGCUGCUCCAGGUGUAGGUCUGAGGGAGACUCUUCGCAAACACGGUAAUGUACGGGGAACCAGUGCUGCCGAUGCUGAAUGAGACAGAGGAGGGUUUUGAACAACGACAGCGAUGAAGAGUGAAGGUGGUGAUGAUGAAGAAUGCGAAGCGGGCUCCCUGCGUUCCACCUUUACCUUACUGAUUCAGGAUGUGGAGAAUGAGGGCUCUGCUCCACUUGAUCAAUAGACCAGCACCCUGACCUGCCGGCACCCAAUCAUAGACAUUCUAUCCACAGAAGAAUUAAUUUGUUGAAAGUGACACGAUCCUAGCUGAUAAGGCUCCAGUUCAUUUUGAUCUCCAAGGCUAAUAACGAUAUCAAGCAACAAUGUCCUCCGUAAAGCCACCUACCACCUCCAUGUUGUUGAAGACUAGUCCCUAUAUCUUCUCUUGAUAGAUGCUUAUAGGGCUGCUUGGUUGUUGAUAUAGAGAUGAAUAUUUUUUAAGCAUUUAAUUGGCCUGAUUGCAUUAUGGGAGGUGUUGGUCUAAGUAGUUUGCUAUUCUAGUCAGAGGAUCGUUCCUCUGUGGCCUGUUGCCUUUGCCAGUUUUAGUUUUCCUUUGUAUUUGUGAAUAUUUUCUCCAGAUCAUUCCUUUCAAGACAGUCAUUUCUCUCCUCAGUCCUCUUCUAGCUGUUCAUAACUGUGGUUUUCCGUUAGCUGGCGAGAGAGAGCCUGUCAGUUUUUUUUUUUCUCCAUUUACAUGUCCCUUCCUGCCAUGGCAUUCAUUAAGAGAUUACUGACACCCUUGGCGCCUGUGCCUAUCCUAAUCUCUCCCCCUCUCUCUGCACUGCUUCUUAUUAACGCUGACAAUCUUGUCCACACAGGUAUUUCACUCUCACUCCAAUGCAAAUGAACACAAACACACACCCGUACAAACACGCACAUGUAAACACAAGCACGCACACACACUCUCACAGGUGUGAAUGCCUUUGAGGUGACUGAUCUGGCCCAAGCUCACGCUGGGCAGAUCCGUGCAGGCUCCUUCAACUGAAGGGAAGUGUCUGUUGUUGGAGUGUUGGGUGCUCUCACUGUUUUUCCCACACUCCCCAUACUCACUCCGCUCCUCCCUAGCGGAUGCCCCCAGAGAGAAACCGCACUGAAAAACAGUCACAGAUUGUGCUACACACCUUCAGUCUCUGUCACGCCCUGCUCACACCGCCCUGCUCACACCGCCCUGCUCACACCGCCCUGCUCACACCACCCUGCUCCCCACCACACAUUUACAUUUUUUUUUUUACAUUUUAGUCAUUUAGCAGACGCUCUUAUCCAGAGCGACUUACAGUAGAGUGCAUACAUUUUAUUACAUUUUACAU